ACAACUACAGCCUCACAUCCACAUCCUGAAGCGUGUCCCUCGAGAUUCUAUAAAAUUAAAAAAAUCAUUUUUUUUCUUAAGCCUCCAAAAUAUAAGAAGACAAAAUUCUAGUGUAUCCAUUAUAUUUGUGCUCAAGCAUUACUCGUCCUCCCAUUCUUUGUUUCUCUUCUACAAUCAACAAACACCAUCUUCAUUUCUCUCUAAGUUUGCGUCAAUCCCAGCCAAAAAUCAUGCUUGAAGAAUCCAUAUCAAUCUGGACUUCUAUGAAUAGUUGGUUAACCCCAGCUGUUUUCUUUGUUCUUCUCAAUCUAAUGAUUGGCACCAUUUUUGUAUCUUCAAGACUAGCCACCCAGAAACCUGGUGACCAACGUCAAGAACAAGAAAAACAUGUUCAAGCACAGUAUGGUCAUGGUUACCAGCUUACUAGAUCUCCUUCUGUACUACAAAGACUCAAAUCUAUCAGCUUAUAUAGCUAUAGAUCCCAAGAACCUACAACCGUGACUUUCGAAAAUCCUCAAGACUCUGACCAACGUUUCACUUUUCAUCAACAGACCUCUCAACAAGAUUAUCAAUACCACCAAAACCAAAACCAAAACCAGCCAACUAUUUCUAGUUCUCCUUCGAUGUUGCAAAAAAUCAAGUCCAUCAACCUUUAUAGUUACUUAUCUCAAGAAUCAUUUAAUCCCACCAGUACUAAAACCCACGAAAACCAAGAAAGCACGCCAACCCAUUUCACUUCUCAACAAAUUUAUAGCCAAAUACAAGAACAUGAUGAACGGCUCCGAGAAGAAGAAGAGGAGGAUAGAUUUCAAGACGAAGAAAACGAGCAAAUCCAAGACCAAGAAGAGACUUUUGAAGAGAUAUACAGCAAGUUACAGGGAGGUAAACUGAGCAAAUCCAUUUCAGAUACAAAACCAACUUCCGGUGAAGUACCCAAAAAGCUACCAAAGAAAAUGAGGAAAUCUGCAAGCGCAAAAUCUGCCUUUUCUCAUUUUGAAGAGGAGGACAUCGUUGAAUCUCGCAGGCCAGCUACUGUGAGAGAAGGGAAGACCACCACCGAGGUUGGUGACACUGAAGUGGAUGCUAAAGCUGAUGAUUUUAUAUACAAGUUUAAGCAGCAGCUGAAGUUGCAGAGGGUGGAUUCUAUUAUAAGGUACAAAGACACGAUUAACGGAGGGAGUUGAAAGUAAAUUUGGUUUUUUUCCCGGGGCUGUUUUUAAUUUUUUCUUUUCUGGGAGCUUCGUUGGAAAUUAAGAACUUCAUUGGGUGUAGAUCUCCUCCACUUGAAAUUUACUUGCUUAAUUAAUCAGUAUUUCUGUUUCUUGA